AUGCAGACGCGGGGCCCCCAGAGCUUUCCACCGAGCGGGCGACUUCUUCAAUUCCCUCGAGAGAUGGCAAAUGGCUCUAUCCCUCUGAGAGACAGUUUUAUCAGACCUACAGCAGCAGCAGCAGCAGCAGCAGCAGCAGCACGAGCAGCAGCAGCAGCACGAGCAGCAGCACGAGCAGCAGCAGUUGUAGCACUUGCAGGGAUAGAAGCUGCAGCAGCACCGGCAGCAAGAACUCAAGUAGCAGCAGCAGUUGCACCACUAAAACUGCAGCACUAG